CAUAGUCGUGCAGAGACCUGUUCACACUGUUUCAAAGGAGAUUUUAAAGUCCUGGCGUAGAGAUGCCUGUCUUGCCAUUAUGACCAUGAUUGGCGGUCUUGGUGGUCAGGUUGUAUGAUCUUGUGUUGAGUUUCAGCUGGGACAUGUUUUAGGCAGUCAGAGGCAAGAGCGGCGCAAUAAACGAACGACUUCUAUCCGUUACUCUGGCUUAGCCCUCUGCUAUGCUAGUAGUGGCUAGCUAGCGCCAACGUUAACGACCUCUCAAACCACUCCCAAGUGACUCAUACCGGUACAUUUAUCAGGAGAAAGUUGAAAUUAGUUGCGUGGUUAUGUUGCGAAACUGAUGUAGUAACACUGGUAUCCAGUGUACUUCUGUGUCUGCCUCUGACCUUGUUUUUGUUACAUGGUAAUGACAGUGUUUUUAUAGCUAACAGCUAACCAGAAAAUGCCUAGUUAGCUCGCUUUUGACAUUACUGAGGUCGAUGUUUUCUCAUGGAGGAUUUGUACAGUUAUUAGUCAAGAGGAUUUACGAGUGGGCAAGGACAGACCAGAGGAGGUACACGCUAAGUUUCUUCACCAUGGGGAACACCUGCAGUAAUCACCUUGGGAUCCCUCCAGCCAAAGGCCCCAAUGCUGUGGGAUGCACGGACUUCAUGAUGGACCACACUGCUCAGGGCAGCUUCUUCCGGCUCUACUAUCCUUGCCAAGAGACUGAAAAAGCAGAAAAACCAGACUGGGUCCCCUGCAGGGAGUAUUUUAAUGGUCUGGCAGAUUUCAUGAAAAUCAACAGGACUCUCAGUGAAAGGAUUUUCAACUACUUCUUUGGGUCCUUUAAGAUCCCAGCUUACUUGGAUGCUCCGUUCAAAUCAAAUGGAAAAUGUCCUGUAGUUAUCUUCUCCCAUGGCUUAGGAGCCUUUAGGACUUUGUAUUCAGCUAUAUGUGCAGAACUGGCCUCUCAGGGUUUCAUUGUGGCGUCUGUGGAGCACAGAGACCAGUCAGCCUCAGCCACGUUUUAUUUCCGAGAGAAGACGGAGUCAGAGAAGGCAAAUGAGAAAGUGCCUAAACCAUCUGACUCAGUCCAAGACAACUUGGUAAAAGAGUGGAUGUACUACAGAACCCUGCAGCACGGAGAGAGUGAAUUCCCCCUCAGAAAUAAACAGGUGAAGCAGAGAGCAGACGAAUGCAUUCUGGCUCUGGAUAAACUCACCGAAAUCAACUCAGGGAUACAAGUGCAAAAUGUUUUGCAAACAAAGUUUGACUGGGGGACGCUGGAGAACUCCAUGGAUCUGUGUAGGAUAGCAGCGAUGGGGCAUUCCUUUGGAGGAGCGACAGUGAUUGAAGCUCUGUGCAAAGAGGUUAAAUUCAAGUGUGGCAUAGCGCUGGACGCGUGGAUGUUUCCUUUAGAUGACCAGUCCUUUCAUCGCGUGAAGCAGCCGAUCUUCUUCAUCAACUCAGAGAAGUUUCAGUGGGCGGGGAACAUCAGCCGCAUGAGGAAGCUGGACUCAGCCAUCAUACAGAGGAAAAUGAUCACAAUCAGAGGCACAGUCCACCAGAGUUUCCCAGACUUCACCUUCCUGACAGGCAACUGGAUUGGUAAACUGAUGAAGCUGAAGGGAGAGAUCGACCCAGAGAUCGCCAUAGACCUCUCCAACAAAGCAACACUUGCCUUUCUGCAGCGCCAUCUUGGUCUGGAGAAGAACUUUAAUCAGUGGGACCCUCUGAUCGACGGGGAGGACGAUAACCUCAUCCAAGGAACUAAUGUUACUUUGCUUCAGUCUGCCAUCUGAACUGCCACUGUGCCUCACAUACCACAGAGAAACCUGGACUACCUGACCGUCAGCUGAGCCAUCUCGCCUCGUGUGUCAGUGGAACGGUCUCAAAAUGUCAAGCCGGGCCUACUUGGCAUUUCACACAUUUUAUUUCAAAAUGGACGAAGGAUAACAUUUUGGAAUAGUAAUGGAGAGGAAAGCCAAUCUCUACCUCAUCAGCAGGAAGGAUUUGUUUUUCUUGGCAGGUGAAACUCAGUAUAGCAGUGUUCGUUUCAUGAGGCCUGAAUGUUGCGUACGAGCAGCUCAGCACUUCCUUUCACUGUUGGUGAAAUCUUUACUAUUACCAGCUAUUUCUUAAGAGAAAUGCUUUUAAUCACUUUCAUCUUUGAGUGUAUAUAAACCCAACUGAGAAAUGUUAUUUUCUGAAAAUAUCGUACGGCUCUUUGAAUAUAGGACCUUCCAGCAGAGAUGAGCUACUCUAUGAUUGCAGUGUGAUUCAGUAAAAAC